AUGCGUGCGGCGAUAACCUCGUCUUCCGCAUCGAGCCUCGGGACAACGGCCUGCGCCCCCUUGUGCGACGGCGAGCCUGUCGGGCCAGCAGAGCCAGCAGAGCCAGCAGGGUCGGCGACGGUCAGCAGGCAUCGGCGGCGUAAGCGUCCGCAUCAGCAUCGGCGUCAGCGUCGGCGACUGCGGCUGAUGCUUCGCCCGCCCCCCUUCGGACGGCGGUUGGCCUCUGCCAGCUCGUCCACGCCUCGCACCUGGACGCCGAUAAAGGACGGGCUCCUCCCAACGCCACCAGGGUCUCUGCGUGAUGCCGUCGUCUCGGAAAUCGCCAAAGCUGUCGGCCGCACUCUUCUCUCGGCCCUCUUCUCUCGGCCCAUGGCUCCGUCGUCGUCUGGUCGGGCGCUGCACCAUCUUGCGCAAGGUCUGUUUGCCGUCUUGGUCAUUGCCAUCUGGGUCUUUGUUUGGAUGGUUCAGCUGCAGGCAAUCCGGCUGCCUGAUUGGACAAGGGAUUGGCACGAGGCACCGGCCGACGUUCAGACGACGUAUGCCGUCACCUUGUUCGCCUGCGUGGGCCUCAUCUUUGUCCUCUUCCUCGCCGCCGGCUUGUUUCAGAUGAGGCGACGUCGUGCGUCGACGAGAUGA